AUGUCCCUUCGCACCGGUUCCGUUCGUCUUUCGGGGUGGAUCUGUCGCCAACCACCACUACGAUUCAACCCGACCACGCGGCGGAUGUACUCUUCCUCUCAAUCAGACGAUGCAGACAUCGAUGCCAUGCUUGCCAAACCUACAUGGUCCGUCCGCUCGUUGCUCUCAGACGAAACCACAAAAGCGUCCUCACCGUCAGUGACUCCAGCACAGCUUCACCACCUGCUCCGGCUGUCCGCUCUCCCACAGCCCGCCAACGAGGAGGAAGAAAAGAAGAUGCUCGAGACCCUGGAGGCACAGAUUCACUUCGUGAAGCAGAUCCAGUGUGUCGAUGCCACCGGCGUCGAGCCUCUGCAGAGCAUUCGCGACGAGAGCCCGGAAGCGGUGAAGGAGAAUACAAUUGGUCUGGAACAGCUGAAAGAAGCCUUGUCCAAGGAACGGGUGGUCGGACGCAACAAGCGGAUCCAACGCAUGGAGGGCCCGAAGAACGAUCGUCCCGAUGGGGAUGCCUGGAAUGGAGACGCGCUUUCCUAUGCCUCCAAGACCAAGGGGAAGUUCUUUGUUGCUCCGAAGAGCGACCGCGACCAGGACCUGACCACCAUCUUGGACCGGCCCCAACGCGCCGAUUUGACCGUGCUGGUCGCUGAGAUCACGCAGCAUAUGCGAGAUGCGAUCAAACAGAACUUCCAUGGCCCUCCGCCAGAAAAGGAUACCUUACGUGACCAGACAACAGCCGAGUCGGACAAGGACGCUGACCCCUUGUCUGCUCAAUCGGACGCGCAGGAGGAGGAUACUCCUGCUGUGACCAAGCCAGUUGAAACGAAACUCACAGCCCAAGACCUCAAGUCGGAAGCCAAGGCGCUCAGUAGCUUCGAUGACUGGAGGGAUUCGCUCCUGCUGCGAAUCGGAGAAGUCGUGAACAGGGAUGACGAGUCCCUUGACCAACACACCAGCGACGAUUCGCUACAAGAACCCGAUAUAGAUGAGGACCAAGGCUCUUUGGAGAAGCUGCGUGAAGUAUAUCCGCCAGUGGAGACUCCUCUUAUCCAGCUACCCAAAGCUAAGCGACUUCUGAUUCUCCACUCGCUACUUCUUCUGCUGCUUAGCCUGGAACACUACAAUGCUCGCUCGCGAGUUCUCAUGCUCUAUGUAUCGUCCAGCCUGAACCUUGAUGUUGCCCGUGGGUUGCUUGACACUGCACUUCUUGCAAAUUCGCAAGAAGAGGGCCAGGGCAAGAAACGCGAUAAUUCUCGAAAGUGGAAGGUAGGCAUAGCCUCUGUUGCGGGAGCUGCCCUGAUCGGCAUCACGGGCGGCCUCGCCGCGCCCCUUGUUGCAGCUGGCCUUGGAACUGUCUUGGGAGGACUUGGUCUCGGUGCCACGGCUGCCGCAGGCUAUUUGGGAGCUCUUGCCGGCAGCGGUGUUAUUGUUGGUGGACUCUUCGGCGCCUAUGGAGGCCGGAUGACUGGGAAAAUGGUCGAUAAGUACGCCCGUGAGGUCGACGACUUCGCAUUUUUGCCCAUUCGUGGUACUCGACAGACGUCUGAAGAUGAGAGGGAGGCUGCGCAAAACGAUCACAUGCUGCGGGUUACCAUCGGCGUCACUGGCUGGGUGACUGAAGAAGACAACUACGUUGUUCCAUGGCGGGUGAUUGGUCCUGACACUGAAGUGUUUGGUCUACGCUGGGAAAUGGAACCGUUGGCCAAACUCGGAAAUGCGAUGAACUAUCUAGUCACUAGCGCUGCCUGGGCGGCGGGUGGACAGGUCAUAUCCCGGACCAUCUUUGCGCAAAUCAUGAGCGCCGUGAUGUUGCCUCUGGGUCUCCUGAAAGUCGCCCGUGUGGCUGAUAACCCGUUCAGCGUCGCCAAAGCCCGCUCAGACAAAGCGGGAGAAGCACUUGCUGAUGCGCUGAUCAGCAAGGUACAAGGGGAGCGGUCUGUCACUCUGAUCGGGUACUCGAUGGGCUCUCGCGUCAUCUUCUCCUGUCUGCAGAGUCUGGCCAAACGGGGCGCCUACGGCUUGGUGGAAUCUGCCAUCCUCAUGGGAUCACCAACCCCGUCCAAUGCGCCGCACUGGCGUCGUAUGCGGAGUGUUGUCAGCGGACGGCUGAUCAACGUGUAUUCGGAGAAUGAUGCCGUUCUCGCCUUGCUCUACCGCACCAGCAGUCUGCAGCUCGGCGUUGCAGGUCUCCAGCCUGUCCAAGACGUGUUUGGCGUGGAAAAUCUCAAUGCUAGCGACCUUAUUAGCGGUCACUUGCGGUACCAGUACCUGAUCGGCCGACUCCUGGCUCUGAUUGGGCUGGAGAGUAUCGACAUCGAUGAAGUGGCCCGGGAGGAGAUAGCACUGGCUGCCAAGGACGAAACGCAGGAGCAGGAGCGGAAUGAGAAUGAACGUCGUGCAGGGGUCAAGGGCGAUGACGAAUCGGCGCAGCGUGUCUUGGAAAACGGGGAUGGGAUUGGUGAAGAGGCGAUGCAGGCUGAGGUGGAACUGAAGACUAAGAGCCGUUUUCCGAGAUUUAAAUUCUCCAGUGAUCGGGAGUCCUCGGGCUCGAAGGAUGAGGGACGUCCGGCUCCGUAUGCUGGGACUUGAUGUUUGGAUUUAAUAUACCAGGAUUUAAUGUCGAGUCUGUCUUAAUUGUUUCGGGUGAAUGUUUCCGUCAGGCGCUGCAAAGAAUAUUCAGCAUUGGUGUCUGUUUCGUUCUAUCUUAAACCAGUCUCGCCGUAAUAUGAAAU